AUGGCUAAAUCACGCUACGAAUACGUCAAGAAGUUCGAGCAGGAAUCGAUUCUGCUCCCGGAAACCUACAUUGUUGUUCGGGUUGAUGGAAGAGGGUUCCACAAACUUUCGGAGCGGUACGAAUUCGAAAAACCAAAUGACAGUCGCGCGCUUGAGGUGAUGAAUUCAGCAGCACUUCAGCUUAUGAAAGCCAUGCCAGACAUUCUACUGGCUUACGGAGACUCUGAUGAGUACUCGUUUCUGCUACGAAAGGGAUGUGAACUAUUUGAAAGACGCGAGUUCAAGCUGGUGUCCACUUUUGCAUCCACUAUAACAUCAUACUAUCAAUUCUAUUGGUCUCAAAUAAUACCCGACAAGCCAUUGGGGGUGGAUCGAUUGCCCACGUUUGAUGCCCGAGCAGUUUGCUAUCCGAAUGCAGAGCUCAUAAAAGACUACUUCCGUUGGAGACAGGUAGACUGCCACAUCAAUAAUUUGUACAACACCACGUUUUGGUCGCUGGUUAAAAGUGGCUUAACUACUCAGGAAGCAGAAAACAAACUUCUAGGGACGCUCAGUUCGGACAAACAGGAGAUCUUAUUCAAAGAGUUUGGCAUCAACUACAACAACGAGCCCGAAAUUUACAAGAAAGGAACCGUUUUUGUGAGAGAGGUGGAUUUCGAAGCAGAAACCACCGAUCUAUCUAAACGACAGGCCCAAAGACUACAAAAGAAAUUAACUAAAUCAGAAAUUCAUAAACUGCAUUGCGAUAUAAUCAAGGACGAGUUCUGGGAGACCAGACCUUUCUGGGGUAUCUUGAAAGCAGAUAUCUUGUCGUUCAGCCACGAAAUCAACUCGUUAGCCGAAGCGGACGCCCCCUCCUUCAAAACCACGGCGCAGUUAAUAGUCUGUCCGUACUUUUCGUCAGGAACGGCGUACGCAACAGACUCCUCGACGCAUUCGUGGUUGCUCAACGCAGUCUCGAUAUCCAAAGGUGAAAUCUUCUCUCCACCUUUAUUGAUGACCUCCUUCAAUCUUCCCUUGAGACACAAUCUUCCGUUGUCAUCCAACAUGCCUAAGUCUCCUGUUUUGAAGUACGUUCUGCCGUCGUGGUUGAAGUACGAGUUUUUGUUUGCGGACUCGUCGUUAAGGUAG